AUGGAACGUGUGGUAAUGGGCAUGCAGGAUCCACACACGGGCAUCCUGAUGCGGAACCAGCGGCUGCUGAUCACGGUCAUCCCCCACGCCAUGACGGGUAAUGACAUCGUGGACUGGCUGAUCCAGAAGUUCUCCAUCUCGGAGGAAGAGUCCCUGCACCUGGGCAACCUCAUUGUCAAAUAUGGCUACAUCUACCCGCUGAAAGACCCUCAGAGCCUGGUCCUCCGAGCCGAUGAAUCCCCCUACCGGUUCCAGACACCCUACUUCUGGAUGAGCACCAAGUGGCCGGCGGCUGAGCUGGACUACGCCAUCUACCUGACCAAGAAGAAUAUACGCAAACAGGGAGACCUGGUGGACCAUGAGAAGGAUUAUUAUAAUCGGCUGCACAAGAAGAUCAACCACACGUGGGACUUUGUGGUGAUGCAGGCCCGGGAACAGCUGAGGGCCACGAAGCAGCGCCGGAAAGGGGAGCGAAUAGUCAUUGAGUGCCAGGAGCAGGCCUACUGGCUGGUCAACAGGCCCCCGCCCGGAACCUUGAGUGUGUUGGACACCGGCCCAGAGAGGGGGAACUGCCAAACCGGUUGGGUGCACGUGAACAAGAGCAGGGAUUUCUACAAGCAGGAGAUCGAAUACUGCCAGAAGGCCAUGGGGAGAACGCGCAUGAAAUCGUCCAUCUGCCUGGAAGGGUACCUCAAGUUCAACGAGCAGUACAUGCCCCACGAUCCCAUCAUGUCUGGCUGCCUUCCCAGCAAUCCCUGGAUCACGGACGAUGCCACCUACUGGGCCAUGAAUGCGCCCGUGGUGCCCAAGCCGACCAAGCUGCGGGUGGAACGGUGGGCUUUCGGCUUCAGGGAGCUCCUGGGAGACCCGCUGGGACGUUGCCAGCUCAUGGAGUUUCUCAAGAAGGAGUUCAGCGCUGAGAACCUGAUCUUCUGGGAAGCCUGCGAGGAGCUGCGCUAUGGCAAGCAGGCCAGGAUUGCCGAGACUGUGGACUCGGUGUACCGGAAAUUCCUUGCGCCUGGGGCCACGCGCUGGGUAAAUAUCGACAGCCGCACAAUGGAGAGAACCCUAGAAGGAAUCCAGCGCCCACAUCGCUACGUCAUGGAUGACGCUCAGAUGCACAUUUACAUGCUCAUGAAAAAGGACUCGUAUCCCAGGUUCCUCAAAUCUGAGAUGUACAAGACCCUCCUGGCCGAUGCCGUCAUCCCCCCAGAGGCAAAGAAACGAGUGUUCCCGUUCAUGAGGAAACCGCGUUAUUCCAGCCCCAGCCCGGCUCUGUUCCUGCCCACGGGGGAGCAGGAGGACAGCAGGAGCGAGGGCCCUGCUGCUCCACCCAACGCACAGAAGGAAAGUUAAGGCUCUUGGGCCUCCCCUUGACCCCUUCCCACCACCCCCAAAAGAUGGAACCCGGUGGAGGGCCAAGUGGAGGAGGGAGAUGCCUGGUAGCACCAUCACACUUCUUCCCGCCACCCUCAGGGUCCUCGAAGAGGGCAACUGAUACCCCCCGGGAUGGCAAGCCCCCUGUCUCCACUCCCCUAAGCUGCAGUGGCUGGCCUGGGCUGGCAGGGGGUUCACAGGCAUUUGGAGUCACCCGCUGCUCUCCUCGCUGCCCAAGCCUGCGGCUCCAGGGCCAGGCACUGCUGAGGGUCCUGACGCUACAGUCUGGCAUAGGCCAGCCCCUCUCCCGGGCACAGUGAAGUGGGAAUCCUCUGCUGUCUUUCCUACCCCCGACUGCAUUCUCUCCCCAUUCCAGCCUGCCUCCUCCCUCUUAGCAGAUGCCUGGACCCAUAUAUGUGAACACUCAUGAUCACUUGCCGAUAGCACGCACACACCCCCAAACAAACACGCUCACUCAGCAGCCAUCACCCUGGCUAAGAGCCUCAUGCCGCUCCUCGUCAGGAAGAAGGGUGCUGCUCAACCCCAUGGGAGAGAACCCCUCUCCCUGCACUGAAAAGGAUGGAAGCCACUUCUCUGACCACCCCUGAUGGGGGGGAGGGCGGGAGAGGACCCUUCCUGCUACUGGACCCUCUGCCGAACCCACUGAUGCCCACCCAGCCAACCUGCCUCCCCGACAUCCUGAGAGGCAGGUGGCUGAUUUGGCAUGCCUGGGGCAAGUGUCUGGGUGGGGUGAGUACAACCUCGCUCCUGCCCCUAAAAGGUCAGAGAGCAUCCAGCGGUCCUGCGGGCAUACAGAGGGAAGGGGGCCAAGGGGUCCCAAAUCCCGCUUCCUUUCUUCAGAUCCCUCUGGAGGGGAUGGGGUCUCAGGUGACGGUAAGGGAGAAAAGAUGUUGAGCCGGGUUGAGCCCGCCCCCGUGGCAACCCCUCUGCAAGCUGCUUUAACUCCUAGGCCUUUCCUCUUCCCUCUCCCCAGCAGAUUGUGUGAUUAAAGACGGCAACCUCCAGCUCUAAUAAUAA